AUGUCUGUGGGAAAGAAACACGCGUUGAACGACGAAGAGGCUACGCACUUCGUCAAGAAAGUCAAGACCGAGACUCCAAUCGAGAGUGCUGAUAACAACGCUUCUGAGCCGAUCAAGGACAAGAAGCAGAAGAAGGACAAGAAAGAAAAGAAAGAGAGAAAGGACAAGAAGGACAAAAAGGACAAAAAGGACAAGAAAAACAAGAAGAAGAAGAACAAGGUGGGAUCCAAAGACGUGGAGGUCUCGGACACCGAUGCGCCAUCCGCUGAGACCUCGUCGUCGGCUGCGUCAUUAGCUGAUGUCUCUAUGUCCAAUGGCGUCGCUGUUGUCGAUUCAUCCAGCAGCCCAGCCACAUCCAACACAGCUGACGGCCAGCAACCUGCUAAUUCCUUCUCAGCCCCAACGCCCAUCCAAGCCGCUUCUUGGCCGUUCUCUCUUUCCGGCCGCGAUGUCAUCGGUAUCGCUGAGACUGGUUCUGGCAAGACGAUAGCCUUUUCAUUGCCAUGCGUUGAGUCGCUCUCUUCAAGCCCCCGCCCGAAGUAUUUUAAGAAGGAUAAGACACCUCACCCCCGUGCUGUCGUUGUGUCGCCGACCCGAGAACUAGCUAUGCAGACCCAUGCAGCCAUGUCGUCACUUGCGUCCUUCGUGGGCUUAUCUACUGUCUGCCUUUAUGGUGGCGCCAGUAAGGACGAGCAGCGUGGGCUGCUGCGGAAAAACAAUGGAGCCGACAUCAUUGUAGCCACGCCGGGCCGCCUGAAGGAUUUCCUUGCGGAAGGCUGCGUGUCACUGUCCGAGGUCUCGUUUGCGGUGCUCGACGAAGCUGACAGAAUGCUCGAUAAGGGCUUCGAGGAAGACAUCAAGCUUAUCCUUGGCAGCUGCCCACCCCGGGAGAAGAGACAGACCUUGAUGUUCACUGCAACUUGGCCGACGAGUGUUCGCGGGCUUGCCGAGGGUUUUAUGGUCAAUCCGGUCAAGGUUACUAUCGGUAACCGUACUCGAGCUGGCGGUGAUGAGAACGGCGCUGGCAAUGGGACGGUAGAGCUUCAGGCCAACAGCCGUAUCGAACAGAAGAUCGAGGUAGUCGAUCCCCGUGCCAAAGAGCAGCGUCUGCUGGAAUUGCUACGCGAGGCACAGAAAGGGAGCGGCAAGAACGACAGAAUCUUAGUGUUUUGUCUAUACAAGAAGGAGGCAAUUCGUGUUGAGCAAUUCCUUCAAAAGAGGGGAAUGCGUGUGGCCAGCAUUCACGGCGAUUUACGGCAGGACCAGCGGACUCGAAGCUUGGAGUCUUUCAAAGCUGGCACAACAACUGUCUUGGUUGCCACUGAUGUCGCUGCUCGUGGUUUGGACAUCCCGGAAGUGAAGCUUGUCAUUAAUGUUACUUUCCCACUAACUAUUGAAGAUUAUGUGCAUCGUAUUGGCCGGACCGGUCGGGCUGGCAAAGAGGGAAAGGCGAUUACACUCUUUACCGAGCACGACAAAGCACAUUCUGGAUCGCUCAUCAAUAUUCUGCGCGCAGCGAACCAACCUGUGCCGGAGGCGCUGCUCAAGUUCGGCACGACAGUCAAGAAAAAGACACACGACUCGUAUGGUGCCUUCUACAAGGACGUGGAUAUGAGCAAGAAAGGCACCAAGAUUACAUUUGACUAA